AUGGCUCAGCCCCAUCAAACCAACCCCAGAAUCGGUUGUUUUGUGUUUUACAUGAAGAAGAAAUCCCAGCAAAACAACACCCGAUCGCUUUAUUGGGCAAGGUUUCGCUUAAUCUCGAGGAAUUCAAGCACCAAAGCCGUGCCUGUGAACAACAAAGACAAGACCGGGGCUGAUCGUAGCAAGACGAAGAAGAAACCAGAUAGCACCGAGCGACUGCCCUCCACUAACCAUUUUGCACGAGAAACACUUAAAGAGGUUCUCCUACUGGAAAACAAGGAAUUUGUGGAGAAAUUCGAACCGGUGAUGGGUAUAUCGAUUAUCAUGGUGACCUUGAUAAUAAUGGCAAUAUGGGGUCGAGUAUGCGCCAUUCUUUGUACGUCGGCAUGCUUAUAUAUUUUCCCUCGUUUCCGAACCAGAAGUAUCGGUAAUGAAAGCACCACCCCCAACGCCGACGAUUUGCAUUUGAGCUCCGAGGAGUAUAAGAAGAAGGUGGUGCUGGAAGGGUUGCUCUGGAGGAACCGACCGUUUACCUUAUGA